UUUUAAGAAAAUUCUUUCCAUUUCCUGGUAACCAAACAAAGUCUAACGGACCCCAGAAGUUAUGAACAGUCAAAUCGAAAAAGCGUCAUAUCAAACCUACUUUUCCUUUUUCUAAAAAAAAAUUAUUUAGCUUUGAUUUUGAGGUUUUGCGUGGGCUAAUUGGUUAGUUUUUGUUUCAUUUGCAUUAGUAAAUUGGGACUUUAAUAGUAUUCUAGUUCUGAAAUUUCAGCUAGGUUUACCGGCGCACAUUGGAUGGAUUUUUUCCUCAAAUAUCGUUGUUUUAUUUGUUGUUGACAUUUGCAUUAUUGCUUAUUUGAUUGUUCUAGCAAUUUAGGUGUUUUUAAAUUGAUGGCGGAUAGAAACACGACCGCUUCAAAGCCUAUAUGGAUGAAACAAGCCGAGGAAGCCAAGCAAAAAACUGAGGCUGAAAAAGCUGCUGCUGCUAAAGCAGCUUUCGAAGCCACAUUCAAGGAUGUUGAUAAGAACCGUAACAAGGAUGUGGUGGCUGCUUCAUCGGAUAGUGAAUCCGAGGACACCGGUGACUUGGUGAACAAGCCAAUUGGUCCCGUGGAUCCCGUUAAAUGCAUGGCCGCGGGGCCAGGAAUAGCGGGUGGCACUGCCUGUGCUGCCUCCACGUUUAUGGUGGUAACGAGAGAUGCAGAUGAAAGGAAAGUACAGAGUGGGGGUGCGCAGAUUAAGGUGAGGGUUUCGCCAGGUGUGGGUAUUGGGGGCUCAGAACAGUAUGGCAUUGUGAAGGAUAUGGGAGAUGGGACUUACUCUGUAACUUAUGUGGUGCCUAAGAGAGGGAACUAUAUGGUAAACAUUGAAUGCAAUGGGAAACCCAUCAUGGGUAGCCCAUUCCCGGUGUUCUUCAGUGCAGGUAAGUCUACCGGAGGACUACUAGGGGUGGCUCCUGCAUCCACAUAUCCAAAUCUAGUAAACCAAACCAUGCCCAACAUGCCAAAUUAUACAGGUUCUGUUUCUGGAGCUUUCCCUGGCUUGUUGGGAAUGAUCCCAGGCAUUAUUUCUGGUGCUUCAGGUGGUGCUAUAUUGCCUGGAAUGGGGGCAUCUCUUGGUGAAGUUUGUCGAGAAUACCUCAAUGGCCGUUGUGCUAAAACUGAUUGCAAAUUGAACCAUCCUCCUCACAAUUUGCUGAUGACUGCUUUGGCUGCAACAACCAGCAUGGGAACUCUUAGUCAGGUACCUAUGGCACCUUCAGCGGCUGCAAUGGCUGCAGCUCAGACUAUUGUUGCUGCUCAGGCCCUUCAAGCUCAUUCAGCUCAGGUUCAAGCACAAGCUCAGUCAAUUAAGGAUUCAUCUGAUUCUCCUGACAAAGCUGGGAAGGCUGAUGCAUUGAAGAAAACCCUACAAGUUAGCAAUCUUAGCCCACUUCUCACAGCUGAGCAGUUGAAACAGCUUUUUAGCUUCUGUGGUUCUGUUGUCGAGUGUACAAUCACUGAUUCAAAACAUUUUGCUUAUAUAGAAUACUCAAAACCUGAGGAAGCAAUGGCUGCUUUGGCAUUAAACAAUAUGGAUAUUGGUGGUCGACCAUUAAAUGUGGAGAUGGCUAAAACGCUUCCUCAGAAACCAGCUAUUUCAUCAUUGACAUCAUCGUCUCUGCCUAUGAUGAUGCAGCAAGCUGUUGCCAUGCAACAGAUGCAAUUCCAACAGGCUUUGCUUAUGCAACAAACCUUGACUGCUCAGCAGGCAGCUAAUCGAGCUGCAAGCAUGAAGUCUGCAACAGAGUUAGCUGCAGCAAGAGCUGCCGAAAUAAGUAAGAAGCUAAAAGCUGAUGGACUUGUUAAUGAAGAGAAGGAAAUCAAGAGUGAAUCUAGGUCACCAUCUACUUCCCGUGCAAGGUCAAGAUCAAGAUCCAAAUCAAAGUCACCCCUUAGUUAUCGAAGACAGUCAAGGUCAAAGUCUAGAUCACCAAUCAGUUAUAGGCGAAGGUCAAGGUCCAUGUCAAGAUCACCAAUCAGCUAUAGGCAAAGGAGGAGGUCUUGCUCUUAUUCACCUCCACCUCGUUUCCGGCGAGACUGUAGGUCCAGAUCACCUGAGCGGUCUCAUCAUUGUUCAAGGUAUGAUAGUGAAAGACUGUCAUAUAGAGGUCGAAAUGACAAUGAUAGGAGUAGGAGAAGAGAUCUGGACAGAUCACAUGAUCCUUGUUCUUAUAUUUUGAGGAGAAAUAGGAGUAGGACUAUGAGUAUGAGUCCUCAAACAAGAAAAUCACUUGCUGUAGAUUCAGACUCCCCAAAACAUAGCCAAGAAAGUUCACCAAAGGUGAGGAGAUCAUCCCGUCCUGGUUCGAGAUCACCAAGGCAUCGUAGAAGAAGGUCAUCUCCAAAGGAUGAUGAAAGAAAAUCAAAAUGCAGAAAGCGCUCUAGGUCAAAAUCUGUCGAUUCUGAUAACAAAAAGGAUAAAAAAUCAAAGCACCACAGCAGAAGGCGCUCCAGGUCAUUAUCUUCAGAGGGUAAGCAUCGAAGAAGAAGCAGGUCUUCUGCAAGUUCGGGUGAUAACAAAUCAAAACACAGACGGCAGACCUUGUCAGCUUCUCCGGAAUGCAAGGUUCGCCCCCACGGUAAAAUUGAUGAAACAAUAAAUGAUGAGUUGAAACAUAGUCAUAGAAGGCGAUCUCGGUCUAUAUCUACUGAAGGUAGGCAGUAUGCCAAAGAGAGGAGUGGUAGAAGUAGAGAUAAGAAGUCUAAACAUCGGGAUAGAUGGCAAUCGAGGUCAAGAUCUGCUGACCGCAAGCAUCCCAAAGGAAGCAGGCUGCCCCCCAGAAAUUCAGAUGAGAAAAAAUCAAAACACCGAAGGCGCCCUAGGUCAAAGUCUACUGAAUUCAAGCAACUUUCCAUUGAUAAAACAGAUGAAAGAUCAGAAUGCUGUGCGGAAAAACAUUUUUUAUCAGCUGAAGAUAGGCCUCCUAGAGGAAGAAGAUCUUCUCCUAGAAGUUCUGAAGACAAUGAUUCAAGACCAAGAAGGCGCUCUAGGUCAAAGUCUGCUGAAGGGGAUGAAGGAGUGUUGGUUUCAAAAGAGGACUCCAAAGUUUCUGUAAAUGAUGGCCAGGAAUCAAAGAGAAAACGUUUUCUGAACUUUGAUAAUGCUGAAGGACUCUCACCAAAUAAAAGAUCGGAUGCAGAAGAAGCAAAUAAACUUGAAAGAUCAAGUGGUAAGCAGUGGCUUGAAAUUAAUGAAUUAGAAGAUCAUUCAAUUUCUCCUCAGCCGAAAUGAGUUGUGGGCUUUAUGUGGAACUGGAAUUUGGGGAUUUCUGUGAUCAAAUCUUUUCCAAGCUGUUUGACUUCUGAGUCUCUAGUUUAGGCGUGUUUCGGCUCAAGCCAAGCUUGUUAAGAUAUGAUCAACUUAUUUAGAGUUUAAUGAGCUUUUGGCUCUUAUAUGAAUGGCAGCUCUUAAAGAGAUUGUUUAGUGUUUA